ACGUCUCGACUUCGUACGUCGACUACCUUCAUGCGGAACCAUCUGCACCCUCAUCCCCCGUCGAAUCCCCGCACAUCCCCGUUUCCCGCCUUCCUCCUCCAACAGAAGUGACUCCACUCGUCGCUCGGCCGAAAGCUUCGCCUUUGCAGCCUGCUUUCCUAGCAGCGCUAUUUGCGCCACCCCGACACUGCCCGCUGAGCCGACAUGACGGGAGGAUGCUCAGUGUCUGCGUGACUACCGCGAACCAUGACGGAGAAGUGUUCGCGUAUCCCACCCAGGACUUCGAAGCGAAUCCAGAGCCCCGGAAAGAGGACCACAAAGUCGGCAGAGGAAGGCAGCUGGUUGGAAUUAUUGUUCUCCAGCUGGGUAUCAUGCUUCAUUCGUUAGUGAUUGGACUCACCCUGGCCCUCACUUCCGGUGGCGAUUUCACCUCCCUGCUCACGGCGAUCAUCUUCCACCAGUUGUUUGAGGGUCUCUCCCUUGGGAUCCGGAUCGCGUCACUUCCUGCUUCCAAAACCGGUGGACGAGACUGGUUUGCGAUAGCUUUGGUGCUACUGUUCGCAUUGACGACACCCGUGGGAAUGGUCAUCGGAAUGUCGUCCUUUUCAAGUCACGCUGAGAAUCUUCCGAGCACUACACUCGUUAAAGGAAUCAUGUCGGCAAUCUCUGCAGGAAUGCUCAUCUAUGCCGCCACCAUAGAGAUGCUCGCAGCUGACUUUGUGUUUGGGAGUCUCGAGGACAGCCCCGGGCAUGGCCACGGACACGGCGGUCAUUCACACGAGGUCGAAGUAGAUGACGAUCAGGAAGCCGAACAGCCAGGGCUCCAUCCCAGUCCUGGUCGCAGAGCACUAGCCCUGGGGAGUGUGCUUGCUGGUGUUACUAGUAUGGUGUUGGUUUCGCUCGGAGAAUGAGUGGCCGUGAUUUGCUUUCGUGUCAUGUACAUGCUUUGGCUACGUUGAUAGCGAGGUGUAUUGUAAUUGUCCUGAUCUAUUUAUAUUUGUACAAACCCAAGUAAGUGGGUGCUAAUUAUGCCUCAAGUACGAUACUUAUAACAAUCAUCUCCGGGACAUGGCUAUUCGCCUUGCUUGCUUCCAGUCGUCCAGUUCGUAACGCUUGCCAUUGAUCGCCACAGUCCGCAAAAAGGAUUUGUGUCUCGAUAGAGCAAGGAGGAAUUUCUCGUCAAUGGAAGGAUCAUCGACUACGGCCCCGGGUCUCGACCGCAGAGUGAGCCGCACUUCUUUCACCGACCGGAAGAUCUGGGUCCACUGCGCAAUCUGCUCGGCGUUGUACGGCGCGACAACCAGGUCCAGACACGAGACAGCGCCAAACGACUUCUUGUCGUCGGGUGUCAUCUUCAACAUCGCGUCGAAAUCAAAGACGAUCGAGUCCGAGAAUAGAGCAAGGGAGAGUGUGAUAUACGGAGUUUGGCCUCGAUCGGCUAGGGCCUCGCAGACCCUGUCAAGCUUAAUCCCGACUCGCCAUAUUUCGGACUUGCCCUGAAACCCCACGGUCAGUCGUUCCAAGUAAGGAACGCGGUCCCAAGGCUCUAGGAUGUGCAGAAUAAACUCGACAGGAGCUACAAGAUCCUUGAGAGCCAAGAACUUGGGGACGAUCCCCUCCUGCCACCUGGUCGGUGUGCCCGGUGCUUCGUCGUUGUUGCCGAUGGUAAGUGAUUGCAAUCGAGGCAAGCGUGAGCACAGUCCCAGGAUGUCAACGUCAGAUAUGGAAUCUAACUCCGACAGCGACAGUUGAGAAACUUCGCCCGCCCUUUGGCCGAUGAGAAACAAGACGGGGCCCCAAAGCUCCUUUUCCAGAGAUAUCUCAGAAAUGGCGAGGGAUGCGGGAGAACAACGGCGUAGAACCGACAGCGUCCAGCUGAGGAAAGGCGGCGUGAGCAGCACAGCGGACUGGAUAGUCAAUGAAGUGAGGUGGUAGCCGUCCACUGUUCGGGAUGGGAAAGAGACUUCACCGCGCUCACGACCCUGCUCCGGUGCGCGUCGGAACUCCCACUCCUUGCCGGCCAUCAGAGGUUCCGACGUGAAGAGCUUCCUGAUCGCUCUGAUUGCUCGCCGAGAGACGGACUUGUCGACAGAGAGAGCAUAUGACCGGGUGAGAUAGCCCCCGUACCGAAUGGUGAGAUGUGUGGAUCUUCGCUCAAGCAACGCGUUAAAGAGGCCACCCAUCACUCGGGUCCAUUCCCGUAACGCAGUAUCAUCUCCUGUCGAAUUGCACAUGCUGUUUCUCGCGUCUAGCUGCAGGGUCACUCGGCCGACCGUGCGGAAACGCUGAAUGAAAUUUUGCAGUCGCCGUACGUGAGGGAGCAGCGGGAGGACUGAAUCGCAGCUGGGAUGGGGCAUGAGACAGGUGAGGUCCUGGAUGCCCGUAAUGAACAACGCCAUGUUUAGGGCGGCUAAUGUAUCGGCGCCGUCGUUCGAGAGUGAUACGAAAGCCGAUUGGGAUGGGUCGGGCAUGCCUUGGCGCGCGAAGAAGAUGGGAAGCGCCAGAAAGUGCAAUCGACGACAUAGGACUGCGAGGCUACAGAGGGCGUCCGACGGGAGUCUGGGGUUUUCCAGGAUGAUGAUGAGGAGCUCAUUUGGAAGGGAGAGCAAGCUGGUGCUCAUCGGCUGGGCGUCGCCGCGUUAUCAUGGCUCGUGGUCGGUGCAUAUGCUUGUUAUAUACGAGAUCAAAACACGAAUCAAGUGAUCUGAGCUCGGCCCAUGUGUUCAAUGUCGCAGAGCCAUUGAUGACACAAAGUGUUCGAACUCAGCCGCCCGCUCCAACGUGGAAGCGCAAUCCGCAGCAAAAUCUGUCAAGAGAAGAAAGUUCGCGCUCAAAGGCCUGCUCUUGGCGAUCGCGGCCGCCCUCAGCAUGACA